AAGUACAAGUAUUUUCUCCAACCAGGCCACAACCUCGAACAUAUCAAUCGGAAGCACAGAACAUAAAGCAGCCAAAUACCUUCAGGAUUGAAUAUUGAACACAUUCUUCGAGAAUGAGUGAGGAAUUGCUGCCCUUGCCGCCUGGCGCGUGAGCGAUAUUUCAGAGAUUGAUAUCAUGAAAGUCGGCGACCCCGUCUACCGAGGAGCUGAAGUCCCCUUGCCAAUUGAGGUCCUCGAGUGCAUUAUCUCCCAUAUAGGAACGGUUGAGGAUAACAAAACGCAAGCAACGCUAUGGGCUUGCUGCCUCAUAUCAAGGUCCUGGUACGCCGCCACCAUCAGCCAUCUUUAUCAGCAACCACUUCUCAACAACCGGAACUUCGACAAGUUCACUCGCACAAUAUGCCCUCCGGUGAGUUCUCACAAGCCCAGGGUCGGCUUGGAAGGGUUCAUCAAACGUCUUGACAUGGGCGGACUCGCAUACGAAAGCUCGAAAAGUCUCACUGCACGCCUCUUGCGACGGACGCGCAACUCGCUAGAAAGUUUCGCUUCGCCCGCGGUCACUUUCUCAAUUGCGUCUUUGGCACCCUUAGGGAAAUGCACCAAUCUUCAAUUUCUAGACCUAUCAGCAGACGGGUACGACAUGCAUAUACGUCAACUCCUCGACUCAAUAAGCCAUCUCGACCACCUGACAACUCUCAAACUUCCUCGUAAUGCUCUGCGUUUAGCCUUGACCUUGCAAAAGUCACAUUGGCCCAGAAACCUCCGCACUCUAGAGCUUAGCGACUGGCUAUACGAAGAACUCACGUCCUGGGCAGCGUUCUUCGAAAGCUGGCCGGACAAUUUAACCACCCUCAAGAUCCAAGAGUGCGUGGGCUACGGCUCACUUAACGCACUGGACCCUUCCACCGUGACCGCCGACACCAUCCGCGUCCUGGACAUUGGUAUCUCCUGGCACGAAGACAGGUUCCCACUGCGCCGGGUUCUGCACACCUUUCCCCAUGCAGAAGUCCUCAGACUACCAGCCUAUGUGGCCGAAGACCUCGCGAGAAUGAAUCAAACAGACGAAAUGCUGAUCAAUCUCACAUCUGGCGACACUCUGGUGGACGUUGACUACGACAGCCUGCUGGAAGUGUUGAUCUUGACAUACCCGCAAUCACCAGGACGCAAGUUACCGCAAUUUUCAACGACACUGCUGGAAAGAUGGGUCAAGAAGUACCCUCGACUGCGCCGACUCGAGGUCCCCGAGAAGUAUACCGGCUUGAGCCAUGCUCGGGCAUAUUACGAAAGAUUAGGUGCGACGCUUGAAGAGCGUGCAGCCCCUGACAAACGAGCUUCAUCAGGGAUAUUUCUCUACUGACGCGGGUUUCACCUUGUGUUCCUGAAAGAGAAAAAACAUGACCCCUAUAGAAAGAUUAUGACGAAUUGUACGAUCAUAUAUCUCAUGAAAAUGACGAUUUCAUUCAAGCAUUGAAUACCCAUGUGUGCUUCUUACGCACGUUACGUUACUCAUAGACACAGACUCCCAGCACACCCUCAUCAUGGGUACAC